AUGCCAACACUGAUUACCCUUGCUGCAUCAAUUCCCCAGUUUCAGCGUCCUUUCACUGUGACCAUUGUUCCUCCGAACCGUUUUCAAAUCGGGGUUCUCUCUGAUGAGGAAGCACUUGAUAAGUCUCGGCCAUGCUUGAUGGAAGGGGUUUACUUGUUGAAUGAAGUGUCCCUCCGCAAGAAAACAUGCUCAGAGGAGCUUUUCCAGUGCCAGGUUGUUUUAGAAAAAGAUUUGGAAGGGCUAAAACAGUUGCGGGUCCUUCACAAACAGAUGGAGAAAGAAGCCAAAGAGUUGAAGGAAGAGGUUCCUGGUUUGUCAGAAAGGAACCAAAUUCUGGUAGCGGAUGAUUCGAUCUAUUGGUUAGUAGGAGGAGCUGAAAAAGUUGAACCAGGACUUGCAAAUGAGGAUAAAUGA